UAGAGAUCAAUGAGAUAGUGCAGAUAUACACAGAUCUAGAGACUCCAGGAGACGAUGCGACACUCAGCCUGAAAAGAUUUGGAAGAUACAAAAUGAAAACCGAUUAUUGAAUGAAGUUAAAACCUAAGGUAAUUUAAGAUUAGAGAACCAUGUUAACACUACCGUUUGAUGAGUCUGUUGUAAUGCCAGAAUCCCAGAUGUGCAGAAAGUUUUCUAGAGAAUGUGAGGACCAGAAGCAAAUUAAGAAACCAGAAAGCUUUUCCAAACAGAUUGUCCUUCGAGGAAAGAGCAUCAAAAGGGCCCCUGGAGAAGAAACCGAGAAGGAAGAAGAGGAGGAAGACAGGGAAGAGGAAGAUGAAAAUGGCUUGCCCAGAAGGAGGGGUCUUAGGAAAAAAAAGACGACCAAGCUCCGACUGGAGAGGGUCAAGUUCAGGAGACAGGAAGCUAAUGCGCGGGAGAGAAACAGGAUGCAUGGCCUCAACGACGCUCUGGACAAUUUAAGAAAAGUGGUCCCCUGUUACUCCAAAACCCAAAAACUGUCCAAAAUAGAAACUUUACGACUGGCCAAAAACUACAUCUGGGCACUUUCUGAAAUCCUGAGAAUCGGCAAGAGACCUGAUCUGCUCACGUUCGUCCAAAACUUAUGCAAAGGUCUUUCCCAGCCGACUACAAACUUGGUGGCAGGCUGCUUGCAGCUCAACGCCAGGAGUUUCCUGAUGGGUCAGGGUGGGGAGGCUGCGCACCACACAAGGUCACCCUACUCUACCUUCUACCCGCCCUACCACAGCCCUGAGCUCACCACUCCCCCAGGGCAUGGAACUCUUGAUAAUUCCAAGUCCAUGAAACCCUACAAUUAUUGCAGUGCGUAUGAAUCCUUCUAUGAAAGCACUUCCCCUGAGUGUGCCAGCCCUCAGUUUGAAGGUCCCUUAAGUCCUCCCCCAAUUAACUAUAAUGGGAUAUUUUCCCUGAAGCAAGAAGAAACCUUGGACUAUGGCAAAAAUUACAAUUACGGCAUGCAUUACUGUGCAGUGCCACCCAGGGGUCCCCUUGGGCAGGGUGCCAUGUUCAGGUUGCCCACCGACAGCCACUUCCCUUACGACUUACAUCUGCGCAGCCAAUCUCUCACCAUGCAAGAUGAAUUAAAUGCAGUUUUUCAUAAUUAAUGAGGAAAAUGAAAAUAAACAGUGGUCAUUCACCUCCCCCGUCUAAUUAAGACAAAGCAGAUGCUUGUGGGCUGAAUAAUUGGCACAACUCUAUCUAAGGUGUUUACUAGUUUCUGAAGUGUGUUUCAACUAUUGUGAGAAUUUUCUAUGUAAUAAUAAAUCUCUUUUCGUAUGAGAA